AUGACCGAGGUGUGUGUCAAGGUGGCGCUGCGUGUCCGGCCGCUGCUUCCCCAUGAACUCAUCCAGAACCACAAGGUAUGUGUGCGGAUAGUACCGGACUCCACUCAGGUAAUGGUCGGCUCCGACCGACUCUUCUCCUUCGACCACGCGUUCGGGCCCACGGCCACCCAGGAUGAGGUGUACAACUCCUGUGUCCAGCCGCUGGUCGAGACCCUGCUCCGGGGCGAUAACGCCACUGUGUUCUGCUUUGGACAAACCGGCUCAGGGAAGACGUACACGUUCGGAGGAGGGAACCUGGGUGAGGAAGGAGGAAUCAUUGACCGUGUGGCCGAGAAUAUGUUCUCGUUGUUGGGGGAGAAGAAGAACAGUGAUGGAGUUGAGACAACGGUGCGCGUCACAUAUUUGGAGCUGUACAUGGAGGAGCUGCAAGACCUGCUGGAGUCUCAUAACACUGACAAAGAGCUUUUUAUCAGGGAGAACGACAAGGGAAACGCAGUGGUGGUGGGAGCCAAAGAAAUAGUCGUCACCUCAGCAGAGGAGCUACUCUCUGUUGUAGAGGCGGGUAAUGUUCUGCGCCACAUCAACACCACAGGGAUGAAUGAGCACUCCAGUCGCUCUCACACCAUCCUCACCCUUCAGGUCGUCAAAGGUUUCCCCAACAACAAUCCCUCCUUCAAGUCUUCCUGCUCCUCCAAACUCUGUCUGGUCGACCUGGCCGGCUCAGAACGUGCUCAAAAAACAGGCAACCGGGGCUCACAGCUCAAAGAGUCUGCUCAUAUCAACAGGGGCCUGCUCGCGCUGGGAAACGUUAUCCGUGCCCUGGCUUACCGUUCUCGAAAUCGCAAUGGUAACAACGGCAACAGCACACACAUACCAUACCGUGACGCCAAGAUCACCCGUCUCCUCCAGGAUUCGAUGGGAGGCACUGCCCAUACAGUGAUGGUGGCAUGUGUGAGCCCCUCUCACCACAGUGUAGCUGAGACUGUGGGUGUUUUGCAGUUCGCAGCCAAGGCUCGUCACAUCCGCAACUGUCCGAUAGCCACAUCCACUCACACUGAUGUUAAAUUAUGUCCUACAAACUGGGACCCUGGCGAGGCUCGACGAGGGGAGCUGGAGUAUGAAGUUCAGACACUGAGAGAGCUGCUGAAGGAGAAGGAGCGAGAGAUUGAGAUGCAGAGGGCAGAUGGAAGAGCUGCUGAGGAGGAGAGCAUCAAAAAGUCAAGCCAGAUGAGGUUGUCUGAGCAAGAUCACAAGAUGAACCCAUACCGCCUCCUAACACAGGAGGCUGCAGCUCUGCUCACAGACAUCUCCAGACAAUCUUUCGGGCAGCGGCUGCAGGAUUGGCAGGAGAGACUGGCAGUCGUCGCUAACGCACAUCCCAUCAAUGAUGAGGUUAGACAUUCAGAGGGGGCUGGAGACCAGGCAGACCAUGUUCGAAUAUUAAAACUCAGACAAGAUCUCCAAGGAUGCCAGGGAGCUCUCAACAUAACGAAGCAGCUACUGGAGCAGAAAGAUGCAGAACUGAGACAUGCACAAAACGAUGUUGAGAAACUUCUUCACGAGAGUAAAACCUGCCUGCAGGACUUAGAGGAAGAAAAGGAGCGUAAUCGUUUACAGACUGAACAACUGGUGGACCAGCAGAUUGUCAUCGAUCGCCUUCGCGGCAAGAAGCCCCACUGCGUCCCUCCCAGGAUGAGUCACUCCAGUACCCAAGCCUAUUCCCUGGAGAGGGUGAUGGCCUCCUUUAAGAUACGUGGACACCUCCUCCUGGCUGAGCUUGAGGAAAAGGAUGAGGUGCGCUGUCCAUUCAUUAAACAGGCAGAGAGCAAAGAUAGCGUUCAAGAGAAGCAGGAGGAGGAAGAGGAGGAAGACGACUGUGUGGGCAAAAUGGCAUUUAGGCGUUAUUUAAACCGAACAUGGACCCACUCGAAGAUGAACAGGAAUCCAUUAGUACAACAGUCUCAGCGAGUCACAGGGACUGAGGCAGACCUUGCCAAACAAAGCCAUGUGAGGAAGGGUGGACUGAGAGCCGGUGUAACUCAGAGAAGGAUCCAAGAUCUGUCAGUCACCAUGGUCAUGGGAUUGGAGCUCAUCAAAGAGCUGGACAAAACGGACAAAGAGAUCCAAGCAGUGGAGAGAUGUGUCAGACAGAGUCAAGACGGCAGAGAAGCUGGCAUACUGGCAAAACUUUCAAUGCACAGCCGGCAGGUCCGAUCAGAGGUGUAUCGCAGCCUGCAACACACGAGUCUGCAGAGGGAACAGAUUCAGACCAGCCUCGGGCAGCAGAGACAGACGGCUGACAACAACACAGAGCCUGGACCGAGUGGGACACAUCGCAGCAGUUGGUUGGAGCAGCAUGAGGAGCUGGUGCUUCAGGAGCAGGCAGAGCUGCAGGAGCUGCAGGAGGAGCUGAGGAGUAGAGAGGAGGUGGUCCAGCGCAGAGAGACCUGUCUGCAACAGAAAAAACAUUUGGAGGUCAAGAAGCUGCAUACCAGCAAGGCUCUGAGUCAGAACCUGCUGCGUGUGUCUGUGCAGUUGGAGUCUGUGGAGGAGAACCUGCGGAGCAGUAGCAAUACAAGGCGGACUACAGGAGUCACCACAGAGGAACUGGAGAAGGAGAGAGAAAGGCUUCGAAAGAGGAAAGACGCUCUGGAGGCACAGCUGACGGAAAACGGAGGACUUACUGUGACGGAGAACCAUUCCCUGUUCCAGCUGGAGGAAGCUAUUGAAGCUCUGGAUGCAGCUCUGGAGUUUAAAAACGACUUCAUCCGGGACAUACAGAAGAAACUGUCCAUCACCGACUCAUCGUCCUCUCAGUCACAAAACACUGAACCUGCUCAGCUCUGUGGUGUCAGCAGGAAGCUGAAGCAGCUCUCGCCGCCUGAGGCUUUGGAGCUGCUCGUCAAAUAUUUCAACAAGGUUGUUUGUCUCCGUGAGACAGAGCGCCAUUUGCUUAUACGUUGUAAAGAGCUGGAGCUUGAUGCUGAUGAACAAGAGUGGACAAUGAAGAAGAUGAAGACCACCAUGCAGUAUCUGGCCCUGGAUGCAGACCGCAGGCUCAUACAGCUGCACAUAGAUUACCAGAAAAACAUCCAACUACUCCUGCAGGAACUUCAAAAGGAUGAAGCAAAACAACAGGCUCUCCAAGACAGACUGCAGCAUGUGGAGAAUGAACUAUUUUACUACAAAAGCUCCUGUCGGCAGCUCAAAAAGAACCUCAAAGAGCAUUUCAGUGGCGGCCCAAACCCUGACGUUCAGCCCUCACAAAAACCUGAGCACCACAUGCCUGAUGACAACCACAUACAAACACACAGAUGUGUGGCUAGUGAAUGUGAGGAAAGGUUUGAGAUGACACCAGUUCGUUUGAAUCGCAGGGACCUGAGACAGAUAUUCCCAGCUGACCUGCAGAUAUCUGGUUCUGCCACAAGCAGGCGACAGUCUGCUGUGGAGACUAUCUCAGAGGCAGUACUGGGGGACUCCUUAGAAGUGGCCAGACCUGCAGACAACACUGCAACCUUCUGAUAAUCUUGUCUAUAGUCAUAAAACAGUAGCUCACCUUAUAGUUAUCACCAACGCCUCUGACUGAACUGAUUACACUCCCUUUACAACCACUGUUCAUUAUUGACAAUAUAGGACCAGAUGUUAAAUAUCCCUUGUACGUUUGAAGGUCAUCUGCACAAUUUAGGUUACCAACUACCAGUAGAUGUUAGCAGGUGUUAGUGGUCCCCAGCGGAUGUUAGGGACAUACCUGUGCACCUUAGCCUUAGCGCCAUCAAAUUUUGUGUGGCUUGUAAUUGAUGAUACAGGCUGAACUUGACAGUACGUCAGAAGGUAAAUCUGACUGGCAACUGGUUUGUAUGGCAGUACUAUGAAAGCCAUGUGGCUCAGUAGAUGAGACACCAUUAGCUCUAUGUCUUUUUGAACUAAACACUUUCUCUUUCUGAACAUAGGACAAGAUGGAGAAUACGUAAUUUAUGCUCUGCCGCACUAAUUAAUGCCUACUGCCAGUAGAUGUUAUCUGAUGUUAGUGACCACCAGCAGAUGUUGGGGACAUAUCUUCAGUUGUGUACCUUAGUGUCAUCAGGUGUUUUGGCCUUUUAAUCACAAGACACCCUCUUCUAAGGCAGGCCCACCGCAGGUUGAUCAGACCUGGGUGCAUGUACUUAUCAUCCGGGGGCCCAUUUGGGAUCUUUCCUCCUGAUCCAGAGCCAUUGGCUGCAGCGUUCUGCAGUAUGCAAUGUUUAUUUUAUGGUCUGGCGUAGGACCUGUCCAUGGAUGCCCAGAUCUUUCAGAGAAAACAUCUUCAACAUGUUGUUAAAUAUUGUUAAAUCUCUAUGUAAUGUUUCCCCUAACCCCUAACCCCUUAUGAGGAGAAUGGCUAUGUUGUCCACCUGUAAUCCAAAGCACUGAUUAGCACUUAAAGCGGCCUCUAAUACAGCAUGUUUACUGCCCUACAACAGUAAUGUGUUUCUUAUGCACUUGAUUUUUACUGUCUGUGUGGACUAUGUACCUUUAGCUACACUUUACAUUGUCAGCUGUGUGAAUUAUUUAUUGUAUGUGUGGCUCUAUUGCAGUAAAACAUAUUAAACUUAUGAAGCAGAGAAUUGAUUCAAA